CCCUUACAACAGUUCUGCAACCACCUGUUCUCCGACCUCUUACGUUCGCCAUGACCUCGUCCACCGUGGCAGGCUCAAAACAAGAUCUGAAUGAGGGCAGGGUAGAAGCCCUGCAGGCACUCCUUAGUUCAAUCUCGCCUGGAGAUGCGAGCAGCCCGAGCCAGGGGCUGUCUUCCGACCAAGCCCAAAAGAUCUCCGAAAAGCUCGGGGAGCUUCUAGGAGACAGUGACAUCGAGGCGAUUGCUGGGACCCAGAGGCGGAACGAGAAGGGUGAGCUUCUUAAUGAGGAGGGGCUGCCUAUCAUCGACAUUGUAGAGCCUGUCAAGGAGGACGUCGUACCAGCUCGUCCUCCUGCCCCCGUAGCCUCGCCGCCAAUCUUCGAUGAUCCAGACCUUUUACCGCACUGGGCUCUGUCGCCAGCAGAGAAGACACGCAGAAAAACCGAACGCGAGCGUAUUCUUGACCAGCUUGAAGAACAGGAGCGGAUUGAGCAGGAGCGAGAUGAGGCCGUCGAUCGAGAGCGGCGGCGCGCCGAACUAGAGAAGCGCAAGGAGGCAGCGAAAGCUGAGCUGGAAAGCUUGCGCAAGGCCAGGGAACUGCAGAAGAAGAUGGGAAAGGCUCUGUUUCGCAACGUGAUCGAAACACAGGAGAGAGCCGAGAAGGAGGUGCAACUUGACGCGAAGGAGCGGAAGGAAGGAAAGUCGAAGAAGAGCGUUUCGUUCGCGGACGGACGUGGUGGGAGCGAUGCUAACGGGGAGACAUCGGAUGAUGGUUCAGGGCGAUGGGGCGAUGUUGCAUUGGCGAGGUUACGAAAAGGCAAGACGUCUCUGUUGACUCGAGCGCAGAUGGACAAGCAACCCAUGAAAAUGGAUGUCGUUGAACGACUUCCAGGAGGCGCGCGAGCAGAAUCCCCUGUUCAGUCUGUGGAGCCAGACUCGGAUGAUGAGUCUGUCCCAGGCUCGCCGAUGCCUGCCGACUCGGACGACGGUGACGUGAUAACCUCAGACGUCGACCUGGAAGAGCAGACGGCAAAUGAACCACCGUUAUCGGAUUCCGAUACUACUGAUGUCGAGCAGAUGAGCGACGACGGUGAGCCUGUAACUUGGCAAGAGGAAGACUUCGAUUACGCUCAACAUCAGCGGGAGGUUGCACUGGCUUACUACGAAAAACGGGCAGCGAUCGGCGCGGAAGCAUACAGUGCUAUGCGUGCACACUCCCAUGACGAGGAUGCCCAUGAAUGGGAUCAACCGGAAGUGCCCAUCGAUGCGACCCUUGCAAGUCUGCCUCCCAAGCCCUCGUCAUCACGGUUCAAGUCUGAACGUGCGACAGAAAGGUCUUCGAGUACCCUCGCUUCCCACUCUCUUGGGUCAUCAGUACUGCCCUCUUCUCAGUCGUCUGGGCUGAAGAAGGCUGUUCGAAUGGGCAAAGUUGAAAACGAUCAGCUCGUUGGGGACGACAGCGACGAUGACGUAACGGAGGAGGCCAAAGCUAUCAUAGAGCUGCUCUCGCGGGGAGACGUGACGAAUAUAGGUCCACAAAUCAGUACCGCAUCAAACCCAGGACCAAGCACCCGGGUUCCUCCAUCCGGACCAUCCAUCUCUGCAUCUGCGGAUGCGCCUUUCUCAAAAUCGCCAUUACCAGAAGACUCGCUCGCUCCGGCAAAGCCCAGGUCGAAGAUCUCGAAGUUCAAACUAAGCCUUGCACAGCCGGAGCAACGCGAAUCGCCCUCCCCGGUUUCUCCGAGCCUCGAGACACCUCGGAUGACAAAGAGUCGUUCUUCUCCUAAACUCACCUCGCCAGUUCCGGGAACGCCCAUAGCUGUGCCCACCGCUACUUCACGCCCCACAGAGCGACAGAACAACGACAGCCCCACCGUCAUCCCUGAAUCCAUUCAGCGGAAGGCGGCACAAGGCCAGAUGCCCAGCAUGAUUGUCGAUUCACCAUCCUUCAGGCCUCCAGGCGUGCCUGCACCCUUCAUGCCGUCCAUGGUCGUCGAUUCUCCAUCAUUCGUACAACCUCCGCCCUUCCAAUCGUUCGUACUCGAUUCGCCGUCUUUUCAAACUCCCGCCCCAGCACAACCACAACAGCUGCCAGUUCCGCGAUCUAUGUCUGUGCCUACUACCCCUGUGACAGCUGGUGGGAGGCGUCCAGGCGUGGUCAUGACGGCUGAGGUAAAGGAGUCUGCACCUCCGCGUCAGGGCGAGACGGGCGAGGCUGGCAGGGAGAGGAGGGUAUCUAAGUUCAAGGCAGAGCGGAUGUAACGGUGCGAGACAAUAUAUUGCAGUUGUCCUACUCAUGUUUCUGGG